UAGUUAUGUGUGAAACAAAGUCACGGACCGACUAGUUCUCAUCUGUUGAUCACAGUUAAGUUAAAGCCUCUGAAGGGAGGAGAGCUGUCAGAUCUGCUUUCAGAGAUACAGUGCUUCAAUCCAGGCAGCAGUUGGAAACUUUGAAGAAGCAGGAUCUAUCUGGAAGGAAACUAUAAGAAACGGGAUUUCUUUUGACUUAGAAUUUUAAAAGGGAAAAAAAUCAAAGCUUUAGUUACUCUUUUGAUCAGCAAAAUAUGUGCUUUCCUAACUAAGCUGGGACUCUGUUCAAUAAAGGAUCUACUUUAUUUCACUGGAUCCAUGCUACGUUUUACUACACAUGUUCUUGAGGAAGAAGUGCAGAUAUGGAUCACGUAAGCUGCAGUUUUUCUUGUUGUUUCUGAUGCUGGGUUUUUUGCUACUGAUGGUUACAAUGCUGAAUCCACCACCCAGCAACCAGAGCAAGGAAGGGACUUUCCAGCCUGUGGAGUUCAACCCCCGGGAAGGGUAUCAGAUGGACUUUGCGGAGACCCAAGAGAUGCUGGAGACCCAGGAGGAGAGCCAGCAGUAUUACCCUUUGGAUGGUCUAUCGCCUUUCAUCUCCCUGCGGGAGGAUGAGCUGAUCGUGGCCGUCGUGUCGCCCCCGGGCAAAAGGAACCACAGCAAGGCCAGGAAGGGCUAUCGCGUGGUGAAGCAGCAGAGCAGGCGGCCAGAGGGGAAGGCGGAGGGGGACCCUGAGUCCCUGCCGCUGUCCCUACCCCUGCAGGCUGGGGAAGGGGCUGCUCCGGGGGAGCGGCCGCUCGGCCUGGAGACCCACGGCUUUAACGAAGUGCUCAGCGAGCGGAUCGCGCUGCGCAGGGACCUGCCUGAGGUACGACACCCGUUGUGCCUACAGCAAAAGUAUGACUCCAGUCUGCCUACUGCAAGUGUCAUCAUCUGUUUCCAUGAUGAAGCCUGGUCUACUCUGCUGAGAACCGUGCACAGCAUUAUGGACACAGCCCCAAAGGCCUCCCUCAAGGAUAUCAUCCUCGUUGACGAUCUCAGCCAGCAAGGGCCCCUGAAGUCAGCUCUGAGUGAAUACAUCUCUAAGCUGGAUGGUGUGAAGCUCAUCCGGAGCAACAAGAGGCUUGGAGUCAUCCGGGGUCGGAUGCUAGGAGCUGCACGGGCAACCGGUGAUGUGCUCAUCUUCAUGGAUUCGCACUGCGAGUGUCAGAAGGGCUGGCUGGAGCCCCUCCUGGCCAGGCUCUCCAGCAACCGAAACAGUGUCGUCUCCCCCGUCAUAGAUGUCAUAGACUGGAAGACUUUUCAGUACUAUCACUCUGUGGGCCUGCAUCGAGGUGUUUUUGAUUGGAAAUUAGAUUUUCAUUGGGAACCAGUGCCAGAGCAUGAAGAGAAGGUACGACAGUCUCCCAUCAGCCCUAUCAGGAGUCCUGUGGUAGCUGGUGCAGUGGUGGCCAUGGAUCGGCAUUACUUCCAAAAUACCGGAGCUUAUGAUUCUGACAUGACCAUGUGGGGAGCAGAAAAUCUGGAGCUGUCUAUAAGGACCUGGCUCUGUGGUGGCUCUGUAGAAAUUAUUCCAUGCUCCCGAGUUGGGCACGUCUAUCGCCAUCACGUUCCCGCUGCUUUCGCCUAUGAGGAGGCCAUUGUGAGGAACAAAAUCCGCAUAGCAGAGACCUGGCUGGGCCCAUUCAAAGAGAACUUCUACAAGCACGACACAGUGGCUUUUUUAAUCAGCAAGGCAGAGAAGCCAGACUGCAGUGAGCGCCUCCAGCUACAGAAGAGACUGGGCUGUAGAAAUUUCCAGUGGUUUGUAUCAAAUGUGUACCCUGAACUCUCCCAACCUGGAGACACGCCAAGAUUCUCUGGCAAGCUUUACAAUACUGGUGUUGGCUUCUGUGCAGAUUACAGACCUGGAAAAGCCACUGCAGAAAGCUCUAUCAAACUCUCACCUUGCAGUGACAGUCUCACCCAGCACUUUGAAUAUAACGGCAUGAAGGAAAUCCGGCUUGGUUCUGCUCCACUGUUUUGCUUUGAUGUCAGACACGGGAAGGUUAUCCCUCAAAACUGUACAAAGGAGACAGACAACAGCCACCAGCACUGGGAUGUCCAGGAGAAUGGAAUGAUUGUCCACAUCCUUUCUAGCAAAUGCAUGGAGGCAGCAAAGAGUGAAGAUGAGAUGGACUUGUUUUUGUCUGUGUGUAACAAGAACGCAAAUCAGGUGUGGCAAUUUGAACAUUCCCAUGGGCUACAUCAGAGAUGACUGACAAGUCUCUGUGGAGGUCGAGUCUCCAAAAUUUAACAUUACUUCUGCUUGGGAUUUAAGAUGCAUUUCCUGCAUGGACAAGAAAGAUGUUUGUGUUUGCUGUAGCAUGCAGGGAAGUUAGGAAGGUCUCUUAUCUAAAAGCCUGGCUCCUGAUUUAUUCAGCUCUAGCUAAAAUUUCUAUUUAUUCUGAGAAGCAGGGAAUAAAGAGACUGAGCACCAAUAGAUUCUCAACUCUGCUAUUGCAGAAGACAGUUAAGUUUGCCCUUUGAAACAACAUGGAAAAUUGGCUUCCAGACAGCCUGUCUUCAGCAUAUUCUGUGACUUCGGAGGAUACAGGAAAAUUAAUGUUUGUGAGACUUUUGAAACUGUAAGAGGAAGCCAGCCAAACCAGGAUAAGAGUUUAACCUUGUUUAACAGUGCACUCGACUCAUAUAAAAAAAAAAGUAAGUUUUAUAUGUAUAAGUAGUAGAGGUUUCCACAUGUAAUAGCAAAAACUUUGUUUUCCAACUAGCCUGAGUCAAAUUUCUACCCUCUAUGAGAUUACACAGAGCAUAAAGUAGCACUUAAUUAGGCACUAAUCGACUUGGAAUACUAACAGUCCUCAGCGUUUGGCACACCCUUCCUUAAAUCCUUAGUCCACAAUCUAUUUUGGAUGGGAGAAUGAGACUGAAAAAACAACUUUUUGUUUUGUUUUAAUGACAUUUAGGAACAACUCCUGAGGAAACUUUUGUGGUAGAAAGAAGGGUAACAGCUUAGGUUCUCUGCUUAUUUGCAGAGAAUUAUAAGCAGAAUUGGUGGCAUCCAUUUGCUCUUGUAAAGCCAUGGGCUGAGUUUAUUAUUAUUAUUACAGUAACAGAAGUGCUGGCUGAAAACAGCAAGUGAAGGGAAACAACAGUUUUCAACAGUAGCUGCCCAGGAAGAAAAUACUGGUGCUUGCUUCCAUUUGCUUGCAGCCUCAGUUAAGUCUUUCACUCUGUGAGUUUUAGCCAAGAAGGAACCGUAGAUUCUUGCUGUCAUGGCUCUCCAGGUUGGUCCUCAAAAGACCAAAUUUCCUAGAGAAACUUCUGUAGAGCCUGCAUUGCUGCUGACCUGCUGUCUUUCAAAGGGGUGAAUGAGAGUUGAGGUUAGGUAGCAAGAAUGGUCUCACACAGCAUGCAGUAGCCAAGCAGACUUCCACUUUAGUAUUUUGUUAGGGUACUUUCAAUUUUGGAGUUAAAAUCAAUAAUGAUGACACUUCCCAAGAGCCAGCUGAGACAGAACAAAGAUUUGGGAGUCUUCGCACAUCAGCAUCACACCCAAUUUAUAGUAUAAAUCAGUCAUGAUCCUAGGUAUUUAUUAAAGGGGGGGCAUCAUUAAGGAAAUUUAGUUAUGUUUUGAGAUGCUUUUCAAGAGAAAAAAUUGUGGUGUUUUUUUUUUAAUGUACAGCACAUUGUUUAGAGAAAGGAAGGAAUAACAGAAUAUUCUGCUCAGAGCCUUCCAGUCACCUGCUCUUGGUAAAUCAUAAUAAACUGAUAUUGAGCAUAUAAAAUUGGUUACAACAGAAGACACAAAAAUCACGUUUGCAGUGUUGUCCAAAAUUUUUCCCAGUGUCUGGUUCCCUGUCUACUUCAAGUGCUACAAAUUCCACACUAUAUUCAGGCAUCACUUCAAUCAUCCUGAUUAUUACUCCUGCUUUCUUUGAUAGCAUCAGAAUCUAAUACUAUUGCUGCAGUGUUGCUUAAAAUUUCCUGUGACAUUCUUAAAAUGCUUCAACUUUCAUCUGAGAAGAUGGUAGCAACCUCUUCCAGAGCACCAAGUGAUCCCUGACCAUUGCCCAAAUUUAGGGUGAGAAGAGAGAAUUUUUUAAAUUGCAUAAAAGCUGAGUAAAAUGCU